AGUAGGUGUAAGAGAGAGAACUACAUGCACAGAAGAGUAAGACCUACCCUAUGUAUAAUGGAUUACAGUACGGUGGCCAAGAAAUGCCUGUUUGUUCUGGCUGUGAAUGUUCAUUUAGUAUCAGCAGCAACCCACUCUCUGCAGUACUUCUACACUGCAGUCACACCAGGAAUACACUUCCCAGAGUUCUCGGUGGUGGGUCUGGUGGAUGGAGAGCAGAUUGAUUACUAUGACAGUAACAUCAAGAAGAUGAUCGCAAGGACAGAGUGGAUGAAGAACAGUGAGGGUGAAGAUUACUGGAACACAGAGACACAGAAAGCACAGAGAGCUCAGGAGAACUUCAAAGCCAGUGUGGGUACUAUAAUGAAGCGCUUCAAUCAGACUGAAGGUGUUCAUACAGUGCAGAGAAUGUACGGCUGUGAAAUACAUGAUGAUGGAACCAAGAAGUUCUACAGGCAGGAUGGUUAUGAUGGAGAAGACUUCCUCAGUCUGGAUCUGAACACUCUCACCUGGGCUGCACCUAAUCCUAAAGCUUUUAUUACCAAACUGAAGUGGGAGAAGACAACUAUGGCUGGUCAUGUAAAGUCCUACCUGGAGAAUGAAUGUAUUGAGUGGUUACAGAAGUAUGUGGAAUAUGGAAGAUCUACUGUGGAGAGGAAAGUUCCUCCUAAGGUGGACCUGUUCCAGAAGGACUCUUCUUCUCCAGUGGUGUGUCAUGCUACAGGUUUCUUCCCCAAAUCAGUGAUGAUCUCCUGGCAGAAGAAUGGAGAGGAUCUGCAUGAGGACGUGGAGCCCAGAGAGACGCUACUCAACCAGGAUAGAACCUUUCAGAAGAGGAGCGUUCUGACUGUCUCAGCUGAGGAGCUGAACAAACACCACUACACCUGCAUCAUUCAGCACCCUGGCUUGGAGAAGGAGAUGGUGCUGCAGGCGUCUGACUGCAGAGUCUUGCGCGGUGAUUCAAGCAGACUGCGGUAUGGGAUGGCUGUCAUCAUGAUGGCUGGUCCGCUCCUCAUUCUCAUUGGCUGUGUUGGAGUUUUCAUUUGGAGGAAGAAGAAGUCUGGUAAGGGAGACUUCAAACCUGUUUCUGGAAAGCACGAAGCCU